GGUAUGUACAUGAUGUCCUUCCCAUUACAACAUAUCCGCUUCUAACAGACAAGACAGUCGUAGAUCGUACGCGCGCGCUUUGUAUCCAACAACAGCAGAUUGUUCCCGGUAUCGUCUUGUAUUACUAUCGGACAUCCAUCAAGCCAUGAUUCUUUAUCGAUUCUCCAUCCACCCAUUCCGAACCGGCAUUAUACAAAACGCCAAAAACUCCACCAACGCCGGGUUAUCAUGCAAGCAUGCCAGCGUCAACUCCUCCUCCGCACCACUCCACUCCACCUCCCCGGACUCGACGGGCGCGGCAACAUCCACACCCCCAGUAUCCCCUCCUCCCCAUCGAACUCGACUCGGCAAAGGGAUGGCGCUAUCGACUCCUUCGAGUAGACCUGAUCGUCUGUGUGAAGGCGCUGCGCAUCGUGGCGCGUCAAUAGAAUGUGUGGUUGUUGUAGCAUUGCGAAGAGUCGGAUCUCCUGUGAGCGUGGCGAGAGUUCGACGGGUGGAGGACUGGGGGUAGGAAGAGGGGGCGAUCAGUGAUCACCGAGGUGCUCCUUUGGUGAGGAAGCGGCCUCGCAUGUUUCGGUUUUGCAGGCGGGUUCGCAGUAGCAUUCUUCCUGCAAAUGGCACUGAAUGGUGCCAACCGGCCAGACGGGUCCGUCCCAGCGGUCCCAGCCUUCCUCGUAGCACGUUAUGGCGGCCUUUUCGCGCUCAAAGGCUUCCUCGGCUGGGGACAGCUUCGUCGC